AUGGCUGAAAAGACCAUCUUUAAAGAUUUGUCGGUGUUUGAAUGUGCAAUCAGAGGUGGUCGAUUAGAGAUAUUCGAGUUUCUGCUCGAGCGCUACAAAAUAGAUGAAAAGAGUGUAAUGGAUCUUUAUCUUCUACUCAACGAUUUCCUUUCGUUGGCAUCGAGAUACGGUAGAAUGGAAUUGAUUGAAUACCUAUUGGGUCGAUUCACCACGGUGCAAUGGGAUUUCUACUUGCCUCUAGAGAGAUCACCGCAUUCCGGUAAUUUGGAGAUUAUGAAACUGUUUAUCGACAAACUAGGAGAGAAUAUUCAAGGACAAUGUGGAAAUACCUAUAACGAAGCAGUUGCCGAUGAAGAAUACUUGCUGAAUGCCUCAGAAACAAGGAAUAUAGAUGCGCUCUUCAAAUUGUUAGUCAAACUUGAAUGUAAAUGCGACUCGUUUGAUUUGAUUGAAAGAGCUGCAAGUGUUGGUAGUUUCGAACUUAUUAAAUGGAUCCAUUCAAAUACUACAUUUACAAAUAACUUGACAUAUCAAGCUAUGGAUAUUGCCGCGACAUAUGGGCACCGAGAAAUUUUAUUGUGGCUUCAUACAAACACUACUGUAGGAUGCAGUAAAGCUGCAUUAGACAAAGCAUCGAUAAAAGGUCGGCUAGAUAUUGUUAAAUGGUUGAAAGAGAACCGUACUGAAGGCUAUACACCUGGAGUCAUCAAUCUAGUUGCAGCCAACGGGAAAUUGGAAGUGGUCGAAUGGUAUCUAAGUAAUACCAAUGAGAGAUUCAGUGUGGAUAUCCUCGAAAAAGUUAUUCCAGGUGGACAUCUCAACAUGGUUAAAUAUCUGCAUGAGAGGAAUGGUGAUGACAAUCUCUACCGAUUCAGUAGCAAUUCCAUGGAUUUAGCAGCUAAAUACGAUCAACUCGAUAUAAUAAAGUGGCUGAGUGAGAACCGUACUGAAGGUUGCACAAUCAACGCACUCUUAUUUACAAUUUGCGGUUCUGAUAGAGUGGACAUCCUCCAAUGGUUGACUGAGAAUCGUAAGUUUAUUCUCAACAAAACAUCACUCAACAAGACAGCUAUGUCAUUAGAGGAACUUCUGUACAUUAAAGAUGAUAUGACUCGUCAAUGUCCAUCAUCUUUUGAAUCAUUAUCAGUUUUAACCACUUCUGAUAAAUACAAUAAAUAUUAA